AUGAGUUUAGGAAAGAAUAAAUUCAUUAAUGAUAGGGAUAUUUUAAAUCCAUUUUUUUAUCGUUUAGCAUUAUGUUUUUAUCAACAAUCUUACAUCAAAUCUGUUCUUGAACAGUAUAAAGGUAGUGAAGAAAUUGAAAAAAUGAGAAGAGAUGUGUAUGAAUUUUACAUGAAAAAAUUAUCCAAAUUGAGGAGACAUUCUCAAAUUGAGUUAGAACAACAUGAUCCUGAUAUAGAUGGAUUAUUAAUGGAUACAUUUAAGGAAAUGAAAAAAAUAUUAGAUUCACGACAUCCAAGAGAUAUUAAGUGGGAGGAUCAUACAAUUUUGGAUGGAUAUGAUGAUAUGUUAUAUAUGAUAUCUAGUUUACCAUUUAAAACUCUUUUAAUUGAAACAAUAAGAGAUAUUGAUAAAACAAUUUGUUCUCACAACUCUUCAUUUCCAUCAUGGAAGAUAUUUGCUGUUAAUGACGGAAAUGAAAAUUAUGCUGAAAUUAAAUUAUCUUUUGAAGGACCUUCCCAAGUAAAUCAACCUAAUGAAAACAAAGUAGAUGAAAAUACAAAUAAUGAUGACAAUUGUCGCAAUGAUAAUGUUGAAUAA